GCGCUCUCCUCCUCUGCUCUCCUCUCCGGCUGAAGUGAAUCAGCUGACGAAUGGUAUCAGCUGAGGAAUGGUAUCUCCCUCCUCUCGCGCGGAUGGAUCGCGCCGCUGAAGCCGGGCAGCCUGAGCGCUGACACAGGAGCAGGUUGCCCACCGCCCGCUCUCCUGCCGCUGGAUGUCUCACCGACCGACCCUCAAGUAACAUAUUUUCGCUGCCCGCAAAAAAAAAAAAAAAAAAAAAAAAGAGGCUACUUUGUUAUUAUUUUUCACCUCGAGCAGGAAGCCACCCGCUUCCCCUCACCAUGGCUUCCAACUUCAACGACAUAGUCAAACAGGGAUACGUGAGGAUACGGAGUAAGAAACUGGGGAUCUUCCGGAGGUGUUGGCUGGUGUUCAAGAAGGCCUCCAGUAAAGGUCCACGACGGUUAGAGAAGUACCCGGACGAGAAGGCUGCCUACUUCAGGACCUUCCACAAGAUCACUGAGCUCCAUAACAUAAAGAACAUUACCCGGAUGCCGCGGGAGGCAAAAAAGCACGCUGUGGCGAUCAUCUUCUGUGACGACACAUCCAAGACAUUCGCCUGUGAAUCAGAGCUGGAUGCAGAGGAAUGGUGUAAGCUGCUGUGCGUGGAGUGCCUGGGCAGCCGUCUCAACGACAUCAGCCUGGGAGAGCCAGACCUGUUAGCAGCGGGGGUGCAGCGGGAGCAGAAUGAACGUUUCAACGUGUACCUAAUGCCCACUCCUAACCUGGACAUCUACGGGGAGUGCACCAUGCAGAUCACCCAUGAAAACAUCUACCUGUGGGACAUACACAACGCCCGCCUCAAACUCGUCAUGUGGCCUCUCAGCUCGCUGCGCAGAUACGGACGAGACUCCACCUGGUUCACUUUUGAGUCCGGAAGGAUGUGUGACACAGGAGAGGGUUUGUUCACGUUCCAGACGCGGGAGGGGGAGAUGAUCUACCAGCGGGUCCACUCGGCCACGCUGGCCAUUGCCCAGCAGCACGAGAGGAUGAUGGAGGAGAUGGAGAAGAGUUCCCAGAUCCACCCCAGAGAGACGCUAACCAAGUCCAUCUCCCUGCCACGCAGCGCCUACUGGCAGCACAUUACGCGCCAGAACAGCGUGGGAGAUCUCUACAGUUACCAAGGAAGCGGCCUGACGAUGACUUUUAUCCCUCGAGCACAGACGUUCCCCAGCUUUCUGUCUGAUGAACAGGAGGAGAGCCAGCACCAGGAACAGGCACCGUCGCCCUCUAGUGGCCCUGAAUCCAGUUGCAGCCGGAGACCCCUUCAAUGACAAAGAGACUGAUCCACCAAAACCGGACACUUUCCCCACCACUGUAGAGAGGAUGUAGAAAUGUGUACAGUGACAUGUGUAAUAUAUUAUUUCCUGCUGACACUUAAACAAUAGUGUCAACUGUAGAGCGAGUGACACAUGAUGAGGGUCCUGAAAAGGACCUUUUUUGUGUGCGGUGUGCGACAGCAGCAGUAGCGUCAAAGAUUGCACCAAAAAUCCUGUAAGUGUAGUUUUUAAUGUGUUUUAUGUUGUCAUUAUGCUGUUGAGAGCCAGCAGGACCUCCUUUUUUUUUGGGGGGGGGGGGGGGGAAUCACUGCAUUACCUUAAGAAGUAAGAGGUACAAACACACUAAGGCCCAUUGUAAAACAGUGUUUAAAAAAAGCCUUUGUUCUGCAAUUGAUGAAAUCACACAACUCAUUCCAACAAUGUGCAGCCUCAGCAACCAUUCUAAGACAAACUCACAAACUCACUGUACUUUGCUCCCUCGCUAGAAUGUGAAAUUGGUCAAUGUCUUACAUAGAAACAGCUCGACUUAGGUGGCAGUGAUGAAUCGGCUAAAGCCCUCAGUUACAACCAGCAAAGGGUAAAAGUCAUUCAGAAAUGUAACGAUAUAUAGGAGUGGACCAGAAAUGGUAAAAUGCCACCUUCUCACAGCCUCUACUUUAAACUGCCAACCAUACACUACACUAGCAGAUCAGUUUGAUUCCGAGCUCUUCUCCAGCCUCAUAACCGGUUCAUUAGCAAAAGCAGAGAAGCGAGAUGUUGGUGACCUGAUGGGGAGAGUUAAAGAAAGCAAUAGUACAUCCAUGACAAGGGACUCAGAUGUGGAUUGUGGCAACAAAAUCAUGGUGAUAUUUGCCAAGCUGGUAUUUUCAUGAAAGAUUCAAAUUUAGAAAAAAAUAUUUGCAUCAUGAGCUGUGUUUUACGGAGAAAAGCUGUGGUCAUUAAAAUACACAAAAUAGGGAAAAGUCAUUAAAGGAAUAGUUUGCUUUCUUGUUGAGAAUUAGAUGAGAAGAUUGAUCUUCUCAUCUAAAAAAAGGUUUUUCCAGAUUGUCCAAAAAAUACCUUCAUAGCAUUUUGUUUUCCAUCAUGAGCAGCUGCAUAGAAUCCAGAAAGAAAUGCUAUCAGUGGUGGUUGUCACUGAAAUCAACAGAAAACCUAUCAAAUAUUUUCAGUAAUUUCUUUCCGUGGCGUUUAAGUGACAUUUAUCACAGUCAGUGACGAUAGCAUUGUCCUCCUCGAGUAAGAAGUGCCUUCCGACACAGACCGCAGAGUGUGAGAGCUAACCAGAGCAAACGUCUUUGGGCUUUGAGUUUACAAUCGUGGACAGAGUUCAGCUCUGUAGCCUAACCCUUCAACACAUUUUGAAACGUCUUAAGUUCCUCUUAAAUACUGUCCGACCAGCUUUGAAAUGCCAUAUCACCCCGAAAACAUUUAGCGAAACCUAACCAGAGCUCUUUUAGAAAGUUGAGAAAGACACUUCUCGUUUAAAUAUUUGUGAUGAAAGUGCUCUUUCUUUUUGUUACGUUAUGUUAAAGAAAGGCAAGAAUCCAGAAAUUCCAGCAGCAACUAUGAAAUAAAAAAAAAACGAUCCAAUGACAAUCAGUUUGAGACAGCAAAGCAGUCCUUUUAAUGUCAAAUAUAUCUGAAUGUGUUUUGUUGUUGUUAAAAGAUUCCUGUAGAACUGGAGAUACACGUACAAGCACUUAUUUUGUGUUGAAGUUAAGUUUCGCAGUCAGUCACUUUAUUUUGUACAUUGUAAUUAAAAGAAGUCAACCUUCAUGUUAAUUUGAGCCUCGAACAAUGUGCCCAUCCAUAAAUGUGUCUGCAUAACAGAGCCCAUUGUAAGAGUAUGCAGAAGGACAGUUGUUGACAUACCUGGCUACAUGUGUGUCCUAGUUGUCCUGAGUCUUAGCUCAAGUGUGGUUAACACAUGUAUAUGUAUAAUAGUUCCACUACAUCUGGAGCAUUUAGAGCAAAACUGAGAAGACUGGAGAAAGUUCUAGUUGACCAUUUAUCAUUUGUAAAUGUUGUACUUUAUGUAGCCAUUCGCUUGUUUGUAGGUAUGACGUGUCAGAUUUCUGUUAUUGCUACUACAGUAGGCUUUAUGAUAUAGUUUGUGUCCAUCAUGUUCUGGGUUCUGGUACUGUCAGAUGAUGUGUUUAUAGCACUUUGGAAACAUUGAGUGUAGGACUACAGUUUUCACUAAAUGUACAUAAUGUAAUGUUUUUGAUGACAAAAAGGUAAUAAAUUGAAUGUUCUAUCAUGUAUCAACAUAUUUUAUAUGCUAGUAGUAAUGUUGAACGCAUUUGUGGAAUUGUCCGACAUCUUGGGAAAUACACUUAUUUGCUUUCUUGCCUAGAGAUGCAUAAGAAGAUUGAUUCUUCUCUUAUAUAAAUAUGAAGCUAGCAGCCAGUUAGCUUAGCUUUAGCACAACGUUUUGUUACAGGGCAAACAACUAGCCUGGCUCUCUCCAAAGGUAAAUCCGAUUACCGGCACCUCUGAACCGAUGAAGUAGUAUAAAGGUCUUCUCAGACCAAACACGAAUAAUGUGUGCGAAUUAAUCCCAUGUCAAUGAAAAGAAAACGUCUAUCUCUAUGAUGCCAUAUUGAAAUCAUAUUUCACAGUGCAGGAUUGUUUUAAGUGCAGCUGGUUGGAUGCCGAUUAAAAACAAGCCAGCCCCAUAAAAUAAUGACUUUUGCUCCCUUAAAAUCAAAAGAUUUUCUCGCACGUCAAUGUCAUAAAGGUCUCAGUCCCACGUGCGUAUGAAGGCAAGUUGACAUUACCUGUCGAGGUGAUAUUCACGCUGAAACGUCACAAUGUUUUUUUCUUUCUUUAGCACCACCAAUACGAAAUGCAACCACAUUUGAACUUUUCCACACAGUAUUGCAUACUUUGAAUAAUAGCCCCUUCUCCAGUGGGUAGAGUUGUGUUGGUUUAUUAUAGUAAAAACAACGGUGAAUUGAUGAUUGUGUUAGCUGAUUGUGUGUAAAGGCCUUUUACUAUUUCUUGGCUGGGCACAGGAACUUCCUGAAGCAUCCGCUGACGACAGGAUUCCAGGAAGUGACUGCUCCCAGCCAAAUCACAAAUUGUUAUUUUUACGUGUUGUACAGAUUAAACAAGCAAAAUACAACAUAAUUAGUGAGCUUAUGACAUUGUUUUAUUUAUACCACAUUGGAGUCAUUUACGGUCACACACAUCAGCUUCAGUAUUGCUGGUAACACACACAGCAUUACAAGUAUCAUAGUCAAAUGUACAGUUGCAGCUUCUACUGUUUUGCCGGAAACAGCGAGAUGAGACAUUGAAGGUAAAAACUUGUGGUUCCAAACUAUAUUGUCCCCUUUUAUGUUCCACAUUUCUAGCUUGUCCACAUUUGUCUUGUUUCCUAGCAGGAUAGCCUGCAUAUCCAUUACUGCCUCUGCCACAGCCUCCAUUUCUAUGGAGAUAAAUGAAUCACAUUACACAUAAACAACACACAGCUUAAUAGCACUACCAUAAACCUUAAAUAUUGAUUUACUGAAGCCUAUAGGCAAGCUUAGAAAUCAAACAAAAAUAAAUACAACGUGGAAGACUUGUGACAGCUUAUCAUAAAAAAUGACUUUUCUUUUUUCAAUUAUAUUUUCAAAACGCAGAGUGAAAAAUGAACCAACACAUUCAUCAAUAAACAGUUGAUAGACAAAGAAUAAGGAGCUGUAAACUAAAGCACAGGAUUAUCCAAUUAGAGUUUAGCUUUCAUAAUAAGAGCAUGCUGUAACUAGAAUGCAGCCAUCCUAGACGGAGAGCCCUUUGGGGAAAGCGACAGUCUCAAGUGAUGGUACAGUGCUGAGUGACUGCCUCUCUUUUCCCGUUAGAUGAUUAGACACCAUUGUCAAGCUUUGAAUGGAAACCAGGAGGGAUGAAAGUAAAAGGAGAGCAAUUACACAGGCUUUUGUCAAUCGUUUUACUCGGGGGUUGGGGACGUGAAAGGAAUGAUUAUACAGGCUUUUGUCUGCAUAACGGUGACUGUCAAAUUUUGUUUUGCACAAAACAAAUAUUUCCUCAACAGUAAUUAUGAAGUACAUACUACAUUUAAUUAGUGGGAGCAGGGUUGAACACAAACAAACCCGUCAGCCCUCUGAGACUCACAUGAGCAGCAGCUUAACUCAUGCCAAACCACAGUGUGAAUAUUAAUCAGUGUGAUCCCUCCCUGAAAUAAUUAGAAUCAGCCCAAUGUCAGUGUAUGUUCCUUCAGAAAGGUCUUCAGACCCCUUCCCUUUUCGCACACUUUACUGUGUUGUAGAAGUGACAAGCCGAGCGAGGCCUUUCCUAAACUAUGUCCAAUCAAUGCAAUUUGCCACAGGUGGACACCAAUCAAGCUCCAGACACAUCUCCAGGAUAAUUAGAGCAAACAGGAUGCACCUGGCAACAACGUAAGAGUGCCAGAGCAAAGGGUCUGAAUACUUAUACACAUGAAUUGAGGUUUUUGAUUUUUAACACAUGUUUUCACAUUGUCAUUAUGGAUUAUUGAGUGUGGAUUGAUGGGCAAAAAUGGCAAAUUUCAUCCAUUUGAAAAAAAACU